UCUUUGACUGGACACAACAACCUGCACUCGUGCAUUUAGAAACAAAAGAAGGAAUCAGUUCAUUGUGAUGGUAUCGGUCCAGGUUUAGAUGAUACAAAAACGUGGACCACUGUCAGCUCUUUUGCUUCUGAGGGAGUUUGAUCAGAUGAGGUCAAGAUGAAUAGGAGCAAUCAGCUUCUCCACAUCGACAUCAACAUAGAUGAGAACGAACCUGACAGAGGCGUCCUGGACCUCCUCAGAACUGUCAGACCUCACUGGAGGUCUCAAGACAUCCACAUGAAGACCUUCACUGAGGGCCUCACCAACCGUCUCCUGGGCUGUUACGUGGACCAGUCCGACACUGUUCUGGUGCGUCUGUACGGCAGGAAGACGGAGCUCUUUGUGGACCGCCAGCGAGAAGUGGAGAUGUUCCAGGUGUUCCACACCCAUGGCUGCGGUCCUGAGAUCUACUGUAGCUUCCAGAACGGACUCUGCUACCAGUUUGUUGAAGGAACCGUGCUGGAGGACCCUCUGCUCUACCAGCCCUCCAUCUACAGAUUGAUCGCGGCAGAGAUGGGGAGAAUCCACUCCAUCCAGACUAAAUGCGCUCGCCCCCCAGAGCCUUUCCUGUGGACCAAAGUGUCCCACUUUCUCACGCUUCUGAAGAACGGCGGCCACCACAGCCCCGUGCAGACGCCGUGCACAAAGAGUUCCGCAGCCAGCCAGCAGCUGCCCAGCGUGGUGACGCUGUCAAAGGAGGCGGAGUCACUAGAGCGACACCUCUCGCUGGUCGACUCGCCGACCGUGAUGUGUCACAACGACCUCCUGACCAAAAACAUCAUCCACGACCGCAAGCAGGGCAGGGUGAAAUUCAUCGACUACGAGUAUGCCGAUUACAACUAUCAAGCCUUCGAUAUUGGCAAUCACUUCAAUGAAUUUGCUGGUGUGGAUGAUGUCGACUACAGCCGUUACCCAAGCUGCCAACUGCAGAGCGACUGGCUGGAGGCCUACCUGGAGAGCUACAAGCACUGCAGAGGGCAAGACAUCACCGUCACCGGGGCCGAAGUGACGCGACUCUACCUUCAAGUCUGCAAGUUCUCUCUGGCUUCAAACUUCUUCUGGGGUCUGUGGGCCGUCCUCCAGUCUCAAUGCUCGUCUCUUGAUUUUGACUUCCACAGGUACGCCACGGCGCGACUCAACCGCUACUUUGAAAAGAAAGAAGAAUAUUUUUCGCUUUCUCUCAGCUGAAAAGGCGUUAGGUGAUGUAUGUAAUGUAUUUCCACUGAAAGUGGCCUCCACUGUAAUUCACUCUGUUGCUAACCCAAACAGCAGCUCCCACUGAGGCACGUAAACAUGAACGAAAGGGCGCCACUCAUGUCUUACAUGUGGGACAACGACAACAUCUUCCCCAGCAAUUAGAUGUGUUUUAUGUAGUUGCAUGCUUCAUUUUGAAAUAAACUAUUGUAGACCAUGUUAGCUGUUAAUUAGCACAUUCAAUGAAACCAUUGUUGCUGGAUGUUUAUGCAAUGAAACCUACAAGAGUUUAAACAAUUCAAAUAGAACUUUGUGCAGGUCACGCUUGUUUAAAGACACGCAGUCUGGCAGAGCGCAGCGGCCUCGUUAGUGUUUUUAAUCGUCGCCGUUUGUAGAAAUUGAACCACAAUAGUUCAGCCCUCGGUGGCCUUUAACGGACGGAGAACCUUCCAUGAGCACAUUGUUUCCACAGCUGUGCCCACAUUGGCCUAAACAUCAUCACAAAUCUCUUAACCCCUUCAAAUUCCUGGAUUUUUUUUUGUGGCUAAAACGUCUAAACAAGUCGUACCCAAAGCUGCCCUUGAGCCAUGUGGAGUCGACGCAUGGCUUUAGGCUCUUUUGAUAGACAAUAAGCUGAAUUUUUCAAAAUGGCGCCGCCAACUACUGGACUGGCAUGCAUAUUACAAGGCGUUUGUAUCGUUUGGAGCUCAGUGUGUCCACUUUGCGUUGCUAAAAACAAAGUUAAAGGUCUAGAAGUUUGCAAAAAGUAGCAGGCAUUGUAUCUGUGAGGAUGGAGGCAGGUCAGCUGACUCAGGCAGAUGGGGGAGCGGGUGCUGCAACAUUGGCAUUCUUUACUUGUUUGACAGCCGUGCAUAGUUGCACUCAUCAAGGCUACAGCUGUGUCUUUGAACACGACAAUGGCGCUACUUUUAAAGUGGCAUUUUUCCCGGUGCAUAUAAUAUUUAAUUAGUAGACUAUCGCACUUAAAAGGACCCAAGGACUUUGCAUGAAAGAGCAAAGAAUUGGCCUUUUGUCCAUCGCCAUUUUGCAGAAAAAGUGCUGUAGAUUUGGUCUCCCGGCGCCACAAAUUGCAUUAGAGGAGCAGUAUAGGUCUUUGUGCAAACCUUUCAACGAUUUUUAUUUUUUUACAUGUAAAACAUUCUUUUAUUCAGGUAUUGCAUUUAGAUUUGUGUUAUUGUUGAAGGCUUGCCAAGGCUGCUGACCCCCGCUGUUGUGCCAACACCUCCUCACAAUUGACACGUGUUCAUUGGACUAGCUAGCUAAUGUACACGCUCGCUGGUGCAGCCUUGCUCGCACGUUCUCAAAAGGAAACAUUUUGUCAUUAUCAGCAAGUCAAGUCCUUUCAGAAAGAUCUUUAUUUUGUCACAUGUACAAUGUACCGCAACGUUUGUCUUUAUAUUUAACCCAUCCUCUCACUAUGCUCUAUGAAGACUGCGAGUUUCACCGACUCACUGGUACCCUACGAAGACUCGAGUAUCAUUGACUCACUGACGAAGCCUCGUGUUGCAGUCACUCACGGGUGCUCAAUGAGGACUGUGAGCUUCACUGACUCAUGGGUGCCGGACGAAGAUUGCCAGUUUCACUGACUCACUGGUACCCGAGGAAGACUCGAGUUUCACAGACUCACUGAUGCUCAACAAAGCCUCGCGUUUCAGUCAUUCACGGGUGCUCGACGUACACUUAGAGUUUUACUGACUCAUGGGUGCUUGACGAAGACGCAUGCUUCACUGACUCACGGGUGCUCAAGGAGGACUGUGUGUUUCACUGACUCAUGGGUGCUGGGCGAAGACGAAUGCUUCACUGACUCACGGGUGCUCACUGAGGACUGGUACCCGACAAAGACUCGAGUUUCAUUGACUCACUGAUGCUCAACGAAGCCUCAUGUUUCAGCCACUCACGGGUGCUUGACGUAGACGCAUGCUUCACUGACUCACAGGUGCUUGACAAAGACUGUGAGUUUCACUCACUCAUGGGCGCUGGCCUACGGAGCCCCGGAGGGGACAUGGAGAAAAAAAAAUAUGAUGUGUAAAAAAACCAAACAUUUACAUUCCCUCGCAAAACUUUUGCAAGAUAAAGCAAAACAGUUUUGCGAGGGAACGCGAAAGAGACUGUGGUAAAGCUGGAAACUUCGGGGAUCAAUAACUCCCAAGUGAAUGGUUCUAACAUAGCAAACCAUACCUCUUUCCAACCGUGGCAACACAGACAAACCGCUACAACCCAGUGUAACGGAUGCCAGCCUGUGAGGCUGUGCAAGUGCACGUUGGUAAACCUCACUCCCUCUGCCUCAAGAGCUGCGCUGAACACGCGGUCGACAGUCUUUCUGGGCUUUUGGUCAGCGCUCUCGCCUCCCAUUACGAAGGUCCUGUGUUCGAGCCCCGGUGCGGGCGGUGCGAAACAGGGCGGGUUACACCAGUUUUUAUCAAAACGAGCCGUCUUCUGAGCAGUCUGACUUAUAUUGAUCUCUAGGAGAAGCCGGCAGCGAGACCGGAGCGCAGGGACCGUCUACAAAUGUCUUCUUUUUCUUCUGUAUUAUGGCGGUUUGCACUGCACAGAAGACGGCUCGAAAAAAAAACUCGCUGUUGUGAGGGAACAAAACAGUUUUGCGUUAUCUCGCAAAAGUUUGUUCGUUUUUUUUUUUUCUCCAUUUGUUUUCUCCAUGUUCCCUCCGGGGUUCCAUUACUGGCCGAUCGAUUUUCUUAAAAACAGAAUGUUAACUGCAUAUUGACUGUCAGUAAAGGCUGCAGCUUAAGAAGGCCAAGUGGACUUUAUAUUUUGCAGGCGUGAUUAGAUGUGGGACAAGUCAGUGGUUGGUUAAAUUGGGGCGGGAUCUGGAACUUGUUCCGACAAGCGACUCGAGUACCUGAUUCACUUCAGUGAGUAACUCAUAAGAUAAUGAAUGCGGUGAGUUGAUUGUCUCUGCCAAGCGCAAAAGCUGAUGUUGUCAACGCAUGGUGAGUUAGCAAGAAUUUGAGAAAAAAAAAUUGUUAUUGAAAAACUCAUUAGCAGAGAAAUAAUGGGCCUCAUUCACGAACAUCUUAAAAGUCUUCUUAAGAAGUGUACUUAAGAAGGCGCGGGUUGGAAACUGCGCCGCAUUCACGACACGUUCUUAAGUAGGGAUAAUCGUUCGCACCGGUGUUCUUAGGUUGAUGAAUGCCAACUGCUAUGCACGUGCAUGUGAGGCCUAAUUUGCAUAGGUCACCGCCUAUUAUUUCCUAUAUAAGGUAAAAAAUGUGCCGUGCGCAACGGGCAGCUGGAGGCGGAGAUGGCAACGUGCAAGGGCAAGACUGAGAAGCAGCUGGACAACAAACGAAAGAAAAACUUCAAUUCUACUGAAAUAGAGGUGCUUUUACAAGGAGUGACCGAACACAAGACCACCUUAUUUUCAAGUGUAUCCACCGGUCAUCAGGCCAUCCAAAAAGAGUCAGCAUGGAGCACCAUUGCAGGAAACAUAAAUGCUGUUUCCACGUAGAAACGCACCACCGCAGAGGUUAAAAAGAAGUGGUUUGACUUAAAAUAGACUCAAAAAAAGAUUGGACAUAUUUGCAAUGGAGAAUUCCUGGAUUAAUGAGAACCUUCACAAAGAAUCAGAAUGUUUGCCUCUUAUUUCUUAUUUCUUAAGCAUAAAUAAACUAAAACCUAAUAUUAAAUACUACAAAACCUACUGUACCUUUUCUGGUUUGUAGAGCAGCCUUCCACCUGCAGUGUCCAAUCACAUCCAGCGUCCCUUGAGUAUACCGAUGGUGCGCUCCACGGAGGAGCGUGUACGUGUGUGCUUUUGGUUGUACAUUUGUUCUUGUGGGGUUUGCGGCUUAUUCAAUGGUGUCAUGAGCCAAGGUGCCAGGGCAUAGCCUCGAUCACCUGUAAAAUAACUUAAUGACCACAUAACAUGCAAAAGGUAAGAAAUUAACAUUUUACGCAUCGAUUAACCAUCUGUCGCAUGCUGCGCCAUGACUCAGGCGCAUCACAACGGAGGAAUUUCGGAAAAUGUAGGAGUCGUGUGUACCUCCAGGGAAACUUGGCAACAACAUUCAGAAUCUUCUUGCGAAUCUGAGAUGAUUUGGAUAUUAAUUGAGUGAUACCGUUUGCGAUUGAGGUAGGGAAAUGGAUGAAUGAAUUGGGAUUUGAAUAUAUAUUUAUCCAUGGAGUAUAUUUUAGUUGUUUUGAUGAAAAAUAAUUGUUGGGAUAUUUUAUUUGCACUACAUUUUUUGGGAUCAGGUUGCAAAAUCCAUCAUGAGGGCGAUUGCGCAUUGAAAGUGCAAGCUUUGCUUGUGCGUAAGAGUCCUCCUGAGCGUUCGUAGAAUUUGUUCUUAGAGCUAAGAACUGUGAGUGAAGAACACGUUUCGUGAAUGCCAAAAAUCUUCGUAAGAAGGCUUUAAGAACACAUUUGUGCGUAAGAACGUUUCAUGAAUGAGGCCCAAUAUUCUGUGACAAACUGUAGUUUAAGAUUUUUAUAGCAAUAGCUUCAAUAAUAUCUAGCGAGCAAGAUUUUGUAAAAAAAACCAACAACAACAACAACAAAAACAGGUGGAAGGGAGUUCCAAAGCUUGGGGGCAAAGGCAGCGAUUUUCAGAAGCUAGUUAUAGCUUCAAUAAUAUCUAGGAAACAUGAUUUAGAUCCCCCCCAUAAUUUUUUCACAAAAAAAAUGUAUUAAGAAAAUAAAUAUCAUUAGCAGAAUUUUGCAAUAAUACCUACGGAGCAAGAUUUUGUAAAAAAAUACCCCCCCCCCCCAAAAAAAAAAAAAAAAAAAACAAUUUUUUUCACAAAUAAUAUUUGGUUAGUAAAAUUGUUAAGCAAAAUUUCAUGAGAAAAUUUUGCAAAAAUAAAAAAUUAAAAUCUGUCAAAUACGGAUUAAAAUUAAUAUAGUUAUAGCUUCAAUAACAUGUAGGAAACAAGAUUUAGAACCCCUCCAUCAUUUUUUUCACAAAAAUAUUUUUACAAAAAAAAUGUGCAGAAUUUAGCAAUUCCUUCCAAAAAAACAUUUUCGCGAAUAACUGUAGUUUAAGAUUUAUAUACGUAGUUAUAACGUCAAUAAUAGCUAGGAGGCAAGAUUUUGUAAAAAAAAACAAAAACAAAAACGAUAUUGUUUCACGAAAAUAUUUGGUAAGCAAGUUUAGCAGGCAGAUUAAUACGCAAACAUUUAGUGGGGUUAAACAUACAAAUGUUUACUCACUAUUUCGGUAUGUUUUGCAGGCCGCAGUAGGCUCAUUAAUGAGGGUUAGUUUAUUACCUGGGGCAAGUGUAAAAGUCAGUUAGUGUAUGUCGACGUUAGUUGGCAAGAUUUUCUUUUAUUACACUUUUUUCACCCAAAUAUUUGGUUAGUAAAACUGUCCUGCAAAAAUUGAUUAGAAUUUUGCACAAAAAAAAUCUACGAAAAAACAGAUUUAGGUAGUUAUAGCUUCAAUACAGUAAUAUCUCGGAAUAGGAGGCAUUAACACAUAAUAUUAUUUCAUAAUAAGGCCAGGGGUCGUACUUUGACGAACUCCUAGGGACUUUGAGCAAAUGAGGAAAUCAAAGUCACAGAUACUCGUAAAAAUUAUGGGUGAUUAACAUGAAUGGUUGUUUGUCUAUAUGUGCCCUGCGAUUGGCUGGCGACCAGUCCAGGGUGUACCCCGCCUGUUGCCCGAAGUCAGCUGGGAUAGGCUCCAGCAUGCCCCCGCUACCCUAAAUAGGAGAAGCGGUAUAGAAAAUGGAUGGAUGGAAGACAUUUUUCACGAAAAGGUCACUUUUUUACGGAAUAGACUUUUAGUAUGAAAUUCUAUUAAUUGUGCAAUAUGACGCGCAGUCAUAGUGCAGUAGAAGUGCAGUCCGCUCACAGUCAAAUUAAAACACAUUUUAGUUCUCGCGAAGACAAACACUAACUGGCAAACAUGAUCAAAAUGUACGACUUCUUUUUAGGCGACGAGUCAUGUUUCAGACAGGCAAAAAGUGUGUGUGGCACACAAAAAGAGUGACAAAGUGGGCGGUGACACUAAAGUUGAUUUGGGAAUUCCAAUUAGAUUUACGAUGUGGCUGCGUAUGGCGGGAGAUGCCGGGAUCGACCGCUCGCAAUGCCAGGACCGCCGCGUGCAUGCCACACCGCCGUCACAAUGUGUGGCAUUACCUCACAUACACACACACACACACACACACACACACACACACAGUGGAACAAUAGGCCACAUUUACUGUAACGGGCCCUCAAAAUCCAAAGGAAAAGCUCCAGUUUGGAAAAAGAAAUGUGUGUGUUGGAAAUAAUUAGCAGCGUGGAAAGAAGGCGCCGUAGCCGAUGCAGUCAUGGAAGUAGAAGGUCGCGCGGCAGCACCUGUAACUUGUGCAAAGUUGUCAAACACACAACACACAUUCAUGCAAACACACAAACGCCUGAAAAGCCAAUGAAAAGUCUGCACUUGUUGAUUUAUUUAUUGUUUUUUUUUAUCUUGAUUGUCUUUCUCACCAGUAUUAUGUGUACUGACACUUUUUAGAGCCACAGUUGGCUAAUAAAUACAAUGAAAUGUUAAAACGCACAAAAUAGCCAUCACAGAAAGUGUGCGUUUGCCAGCAGGAGGCGCUCCUGAGGCUCACCGCAUCUUGAAAAGAGCUUGAGGUUAACAGAGGUCACUCCCAAAGAUGGCUAAAGACUCUACAACAUGGGACCUUGGAAAUAAAAACAACAACGUCACAUCAGUCAACAACAGAAAAAAAGGAAAUCAAAGUAGAAUAUCUAUCCAGUGCUUAGGAUGUGUGUUUAUGGCGUGAGGCGAGCGGGGGCUCGUGAAGCUCGUCAAAUAAUAAUAAAAAAAAACGACAACAAAAAAACACGGAGGUAACGAGUGUAGAAACUGGAAAGAUGUUCAAAAUGUCAGAAAAAAAAAGACACAAGAAGAGGAAAGAGGAAAAAACCUGAGUGCUCUAAUUGGGGCGCUUUGCUGAGACCAUGGCCAUGUUCAACACUGCUAUUGUUUUCAAUAAGCAUCAUUUUUAAUCACUUUUUCUUUCAUAAAAACAGCUUUUUGGAAAGGAUGAACACUCUCCAAAAGAUACAAAAACAAAACUUGCCUUCCUUCUUUGUGCAACAGCUUUCAAUGUAUUAUUAACACGUACUGUGUUUAUUCUCCAUUCAUUAUUGUUUGUUGCAUCAGUUCUAUCAUUUCAGUUCACGCCAAUCAUUCCUCGUUUUCUUUCUUGUGCCUUUUCCACUUAUGACUUUCUUCAAGUUUCUGAUUGGCCAACAACAGCUGACUAAAAGCGCCAAUAUUCCUUGAACUCUAAGCGUUUAAAUACAAGUAUAUUGUAAUGCCUUUAAUGUGAACAGAGAUUGUUAGGACACACAAGUAACGAAUGAAAUGAUGAUUGCUUGAAAAAAAUAGCAGCGUUCACACGGACAUCGCCUUCAAAUAAAAAGUGAGCACCUCUUUCUCGCCAUUGUUUACCUUAAUAAAUUAUGACCUAUAAUAACUAUACAUGCCAGGUAGAAAAAAAGUACCUAAUUUUUUUAAAUAACAGACCCAAACUAUGCCACUUUUUCUAAAAAAGACGUUUAAAGGUGAGCUAAGGAGACAAAAUAGUUUUUCGUACCUGUUGAAAAUACAGUGAAGAGAUUCAGACUAUUUAGAAACUCUACAGUAGCGUUGUGAAUUUAAGAGGCGCUUGUAAGACGCCUUUGAGUGUCCAGCUAAGAAAUGGCCUCAAGGGACUGUGGGUCUGGUGGGUCAUGAGCGCCGGAUUGUGUAAGACUUUUUGCAGCAUUAGAAGUUAAGACUACGACAUCCCCACUCCAUGUGAAUGCACGUUUGGCACAUUUUGUGUAAUAAUAAUAAUAAUAGUAAUAAUAAUACACUACUCACAAAAGGCUCCACCCCACAGGAUGUUGAAUUGGAAUUACAAGAACUGGAAUUAAACGCAUUGCAAUUCAGAAAAAUUCCUUAUAGCCAAAUAACAAAGAAUUACAUGUUUUUUAUGGUCACUUUUUGCCUCAACUACUAAAAAUACUUUACACACACUAAGAUGAAACACAAAUUCCCUCCAUUUUCAAAACAGUGGAACCUCGGCUAGCGUAUGCCCCCGGUUAGCAUGUUUUUUGGUUAAUGUCGAACAUUUACGGCAAAAUUUUGCCUCGGUUUGUGUACCCGUUUAGCACACACUAGGGCGCGUUUUGUCGUGUUACUAAUACACUGCAUGAGUCCAACUGUGUUGUUAAUGUCAUUUUUUUUUUAUCACAAAACGUCCUUGUUAGCAGUCUGUUAGCUUGCUAAUACGUGGAAACAGGAACUGUCUAUCUAGCGGUUGACUUUGUAGUCCUUUCGUAACGAACACAAUUAUGCCACAAGCCUCAAAAAUGUUGACACAAAACAUGUUUUCAUAGUUUUACAUGCAUGAAACAACUGUAAAUGCAUAUAAAUGACCAAUGAAAGGGUUAAAUGGAACAUUUAAGGUUACUUUUACCUUGAUUGAAGACGGAAUUGUUGCCGUAGUCACGAUUUGGCAGCAGAAUCAACACCACCACCUUCGUGUUUUGUGUUAUUUUUUUUUUAUUUCAGUAGUGUUUCUCACCUUCUUUAUCAAAGUGCUGGCACUUUCUUUGGCUCCAUUGUGGUUUAUUUUGCCGCCAUAAUGAAAAGAAAAGCAGAGACUUGAGGUGAGAAACACGACUGAAUUCAAGAAACUGCUAUGACGGAGGUGGUGGCCGUGUUGAUAUCAAUGCCACGUCGUGUCUUUGUCUCACGUCCUCAGUUAAGGUAAAAGUAACCUAAAAUGUUCAUUUACUUCUUUCAUUCAUCAUUUAUAUGUAUUUUUAAGUCUUUUCUGCAUGUAAAACUAUAAUUGUAAAACUAUAAAAAUGUGUUUUGGUUUUCUGGAAUGGACUAAUUAGACAUACAUGAUUUCUUAUGGGAACACUUGAUUUGGUUUGAGUCAGACUUCUGGAAUGGCUUAAUGACACUAUCCAAGGCUCCACUGUACUUGGAUAAAGUUAAGCAUUCGUGGAAAUUAAGUAUUUUUCCACUAUUUUCCAUAAUUUGAAAGUUAUAAGUCAUCAAAUUAUCUGAUCUGUUUCACAGAAGAUGCUUUCAUUCUUAAUUGUGGAUGAAAAACAGGCUGCUGUAAUGAAAACGUAACGUGUACAUGAGGUUCAUAGUAAUAACAUUUCUACGCACGUAUGGAAAACGGUCACAUAUGGAAUAUACGAUAAAACCGUGGUUCUCAACUGGCUUGACUGCAGGACCCACGAUCACCCUCAACGACCAGAGGUGAUCCAAAUUGCGGAAACUCAAACUUUUCAAAUAUUUGACAUUUAAAGGUUCCAACAGUUUCACGGCUGCCUAGGCACACACCUCAUGGCGGCUUAGCAAGCAACGACGUAAGGUGCAACGUAAGGUGCAUUCGCGAACGUCGGGUCAUUACAUUAUUAUUAUUAUUUUUUUUGCCAAGUCAAAAACUCUCAGUUGAUAAUCACUCCUGUAAAGCAUCCGUCCAUCAUGAUUGUGGAAUACAGUCCUCCCCCAUUUAUCACGGUUAACUGGUUACAGACCUGGCUGUGAUAAGUGAAAGUAGGAUUUAAUAUGAAUUAACUGAAUAUUUUUGGAGCUAAAGCACAGAAAACCUUUUUAUGACUUUUUAAAUACAGUUUUUAACAUUAUUAGAGCUCUGUAGACAUGAACUAACACCCCUAUAGUCACCUUUACACUCUCAUUCUUUGUUUACACCAUAUUGCUUAUGCCCACACUGCAGGGGCAUAAGAGACGGCUGCCACUAGCAUAAAAAGCUACCGAGCUAACUAGUAGGCCUCCAAUUUAUUUAUUCUAAACUUAAGAAAGUGUUUCAAAGUAAGAAGCCAAAAACGUACCACUUCCACACAGAACGGGAGGAGAAAGUUUUUUUCACUAUAUCAUGUCGGACAUGCCAUGGCUGACCACAUGCAGUGUUAAGGUAAUGUAAUGUAAGGUAAUGUAAGGUAACGUCUCAUCACUUUUCAAUGACAAAACAGCGAUCAUUUUUUAAUUAAUUUUGGAAAACCGCGACAGAGCGAGGGAGCGACGACUGUACGCCAAAAUGACCGCUAGGAAUUUCAUGGAAUUUCACUUCUACUGCCUUCAGUCUGAAUUUGAAUUGCAAUUCUACUUCCUGCUUGCAUCCUCAAUUCAAAUCCGUGGAACGGAACUGGAAUUUGGGAGACAUUCUUACUUGAAUGUGUCAUUUUGCACAAAAGCCCGAUGUGAAUUCAAAUGUUUCAAGAUGGCCAAAUGAAGUCCACCUGUAAAGGUUUAGCCUCACGCUCAAAUUUCACCCGAAAGCCGAAUAUGUAACCUUUUGUGAGUAGUGUAAGUAGAAAAAGACUUGUCCUAAUGUUGCCUUACAAGGGAUUUUGGCUCAUCCUGCGUCUCACCUUUUGUACCAAACAAACAAAAACAUUCACAAGCUGGCACGUCAUACCUGAGCUGGGAUAUAUAUAAUAUAUAAAAUAAAAACAAAACAACAACAGUAAUGUCAUGUAAGCAGUUUGUCCAAGAAAACAACAUUUGACGCACUGUUUGUUACGGUGGCCGACAGGGGCGAACACGCAGCAGAUGAUCCAAAACCACACGUAAAACACCGUAAAACAAUUGAAAAAUGCUGCAAUCAUUUAAACGCUUCAGGAUCAGGAACAAAUGCAAAAUAAAAAUGCUGCAAAUGCCAAAAAACACACACAAACCCCAAAACAACUGCAUGAGAGAAAUGCUGCAAUGGGAGUUAGCAGAGCUACCAGGGGCGCCAGACCUGAGGGACGCCCGUCUUUAAAGACGUAAGAAGUCAUCUUUUACAGUGUUACAGAGCAAGAGUUGAACAAAGACGUAAAUAAAAAUGCACCUUUUCAUUCCGCCAGCUUUCUUCUGGGCAUCCCGCUCGCAUCUGUAAGAACACGUCCCUCAGGUCUGGUCUUGCAGCGUUUCUCUCGUUCAGUUCUUUUUGGGCUUUGUGUGUGUUUUGGCAUUUGCAGCAUUUUUCGUUUGCAUUUGUUUUUUACCUUGCAGUGUUGAUGUGGUUGCAUGUGUUUUAUGAUGCCCUUUCCGUUUGGUCGUUUGCCCCCUGUGGGCCACCGUAGUUUGUCGAGAAAUGAAUGUAAGACUGGAAGAUUUGAUAUUCAAACUUCCAAAGUCAUUUCAAGUCGUGCCAGUCCAGAGUUUGUACAGGCGGCAGAAAAUCAAAGACGAGAAGUAAAAACAUGGAGAUAAUAAAAAGUAGCGGACUCCUUAAAUAUUGAAGACGAAGCAAGCACGGCGUCAUGUGACCAGCUCGUCUCACUGGGACUGUCAAAGGUCAUUGUCAGCCAUCUGUUCUCUCGUGAAGACUUGUUGUCUCUGUGAGCGCGCUCAAUUGGCGCUGAUGUCCUCCUGCGUCUCGUGCUCGCUGCUAUAGUCCGACUUGGGCUCGUCCUCAAAGUCCUCGUACAUGUCAUUGUCGUCGUCUCCGUUGGCGCCAUUGUUGCCGCCGCCGGGCUCGGCCUUGACGACGCCGUACGCGCUCUGGAUGACGGGCACGGCCGGCUCGGGGCUGGCUGAGUUGCUGGAGCAGUCUGAGGUCAGGUGGGGCGAGGGCGUGGCCGUCGUUGCCAUGGUCAUGGCACCCGGGUAGACACCCAUGCCUCCCGCGCUGUUGCCAAGGGGAAUGGGAGUCUGAGGCCUGCGGGGGGAAGAUGAAAUAUUAACACACUGUUCAUCACAGGAACCAUGUUCAUGCUCAGCUACUUCCACAUUUAUCAACCCAUUCAAACUAUUCUAACGUCAAAAUGUUAAACUCAUUUGGGAUGCGCGGGCUAUCUGUCAACACAUUGCAAAAAAUUCCUGCAUUUUCCGUGAUUCCACAUUUGACGAGAAAAAUGAGCACUGAAAAGGAAUGGACAGAAGUUCAACAUGUCUCACAUUUGUCAACCGAUUCAAACCAUUCCAAGGUGACAAAGUUGAGCUCAUUAAGGACAUUCGGACUAACAAUUGUCCUCAUUCAAACCAUGCCAACAUCCAAAUGUGCAGCACAGAGGGAGUCUAAUUGUGACAUUCCCAAACUCACCAGUUUUCCCAGAAUUUCACAUUUUCCAAACACAAAUUCCCUUUCAUCUUAAGAAUUGUUACUACUUUCGCAUUUCUCAACCGAUUCAAACCAUUCCAGCAUUAAAAUGUUCAGCUCAUUCGAGGCAUGCAGCUAUGCAUGCAUCUAUUGAAACAUUCCCCAAAAUAUCCCACAUUUUUCAUAAUUCUACAUGUUCCAUGACAAAAUUCCCACUGAAAAUGAAUGCACCAUUUUUACGAGUUCCACAUUUCCUAACUAAUUUAAACCAUUGUGGGACUAACGGUAUUGUAUUCCACAUCCAAAAAAUGUCCACUUUCCUGAAAUUCCAAAUUUGCCACAACACAAAUUCCCUACUUCCACAUUUCUCAACUGAUUCCAGCAUCAAAUCAUUCAGGUUAACAAUUUUACGCAUCCCCAAAAUUUCUACAUUUCCCGUGAUCCCACAUUUUCCGAACAGCAUUUCAGUUCCGCUUCACAAACUGCCUUCUUGAUGCUACCCACUAGGCCGCCGUAAGCGCCUGGGCUGCCUUCGAAAGGUGAUCUAGUUGCAGGUUCGGGGCACCACCAGUGCAGUGCUUGCUCAGGAAUGGUAGCAGGCAGGCGUGAGUGCAUCUGCACGCAUAGUAAAGUGAAGACUUUUGGAAGAUGGCUUGGUGUCAAGAAGGUCGCAAAGAAGCCACUUCUCUCCAGGAAAAAAAUCAGGGACAGACUGGUAUUCUGCAAAAGGUGCAGGGAUUAGACUGCUGAGGACGGGGAUGAAGUCAUUUUUUCUGAUGAAACCCCUUUCUGAUUGUUUGGGGCAUUGGGGCAUCCAGAAAAAAAGCUUGUCCAGAAAAGAAAAGGUGAACGCUACCAUCAGUCCUGUGUCAUGCUAACAUUAAAGCAUCCUGUGACCAUCCAUGUGUGGCGUUGUUUCCCAGCCAAGGAAGUGGGUUCAUUCCCAAUUUUGCUUAAGGACACAGCCAUGGAUGAAGCAUGGUACCAAAACAACCUCCGGAGGCAGCUUUUCCCAACCAUCCAAGACCAUCUUAGUGACGAACAAUGCCUUUUCCAAAGGCAAAAGUGAUAACGAAGUGGCUUGGGGAUCAACAUAGUAGCAUAGUAACAUCUGACAAAAACAUCUAAAAACACUGAAGCAGCGAACUUUGUGAAAACCAUCGCUUGUCUCAUUCUCAUCACUUUUGGCCACGACUGUAGUAGGCGUAGUAUCCGUAUUAUUAAUAUCAGUGCCAUCGAUUGGCUGCUCCUACUAGCAUGUAUGUGAACUUCACGCUUGAGUACGGAAACUGCCAAUGGACAUUUUCUCUCUCCGGUGUCGCCCGAGUCAAUUAUGGCGCUGGGCUGUGACAAGCUGACUCCUACUGGAGGUGAAAAAAACAACAGAGGUCUUGUUGGUGCGGCUCUGAUUGAAAGAGCAGGCCUCGUCGUCUUUGCAUUAGCUUGACCACACACAGUAAAUGUAGCAUUCAAACAUCUGCUUACAUUUCAUAUUCCACCGCCGCUGUCUGCGGCCGCCAUUGUCCUCGUUUCAUAAAUGACACGCUAUUAAACAUGGCUGCUGUUGGAAGCCUCUGCUAAACCCAUCUAAGACGCUGACGGCUGUAAACACACACUGCCGCCUGGAUUGGAUUAGCACAAUGCCACUGUUUCUCCUUUUGCAGCACAUGUUUCUCUCUAGCGGGGAAAAGCAGUGCAGGGAAUUCAGAGAAGCGACGACAAAGAGGCACAUUCCCUUCAACAAAGUUGGAAUUUGUCUUUUCCAAUAGCUUGUAAUGAGCCAGAAAAAAGACAAUUACACACACAAAUUGUAUAUACUGUUAAGUAUAAUACAAAAUCAAAAUAGAAUAAUGGAGAGAAAUACUGUGUAUUGUGGGAAAUUAAAUUGUGUAGUAGGGGCAUGUAAGGUAAUAUCAUGUAAUGUUGUGAUCGGCGUUAAAAGGCAUUUAUCGGCAUAAACCGGUCACAGGCUUUUCCACGGAAAUCGCAUCCCUAUGAGAUGUAGGGAGGGAUGAAUGCAAGUCAUAAAUCAAUACAGUAUCUGUUAGCAGUAAGCCAUAAGCGUCUCUUUGCUAGCAGUAGCCACUCACCCAACAAAGAACUGCCUCAUCUCCUGGCGUCGCGAGCGCAUCAUUUGCUUGUAUUCGCCGAUGCGCAGCUUCUUGCCAUCGAUGAUGCAGGUCCUCUUGGGCCGCGGCUUGUACUUGUAGUUGGGGUACUUCUCCAAGUGGAUCUUGCUGAGGCGGGCCUGCUCCUCGUAGUACGGCUGCUUCUCCUGGUUGGUCAUGGCUUUCCAGCGAGAACCUUAUAAGGCACAGCCAGAUUGUAGAGAAACAUGUACAGGAAUGAUACUUGUAGCGUUGGAAAGGCCCCGCAUUUUUCCACAAGUCGUUUGGCUGAGCUUUUAGCUUUCUUCUGGUUACGUGGAUGUACAGCAUGUGGAUGUUAAUACUGUAUAUGUGGUUUAGCAAUGAGAACCAUGCUGGCCCCUGUACCAGGUUAAAGAUCCUCAAUAUUUGAAACAAAGAGUGCAACUACUUGAAUUGGACAGUCCGGAACCAGAGGGCGGACGUUUAAUCACAAGACUCGCUGCUGUUUAUCAACGUUCAUCACAAAGAGACCUCACACUUUAGUGGAGGCGGAAACAGAGAAGCCAAAGUGCAGCUGUGUUAUAACGUCACACAUGAAUUGUACACAUGAACCCCAGUACAAACACCAUGUACUGUACUGUACUUCUAAACAGGCCCGCCAGCCCUCCAUCCAUCAGCUUGCUAGCAAGAGUUAACGACACUAAAGAUGCAAUUACAGGAGCUUUCUUUUUGACCUUGUUGCCAAAUGUUCCUAAUUGUAUUCAGCUUAAUUACCAAAGUCAGGUAUGUGCAGUAAUUAGUCAUUUGUUUACACUUCCCAAAGGUCUCUUUAUGCUCUUAGGAGGGAUUCCAGAGGGAGGGGGCUCUCACUCCAGAAGCAGUUCGAGAUUUAGCAAAAGAUGUGCCUUAUUAAGAACACUUUAAAUGUCCUAAAAUGUGCCCUAAACAGCUUUAUGCUUGACCUGAACUCAUCAAACCCUCAAGUAACGUAUAGGAAACAUUUUGGAGGGGUUGUCACGUCACUGUCCCUGCAUAUGGCUUCCCCAAAAACGGCAAUGUGUUACGCAAGCUAAUUUCCAAAGGCUUAUUUUUUGCCAUUGAAGUUCAUUUUAAAUCCAUUUAACAAUUUCAGUGCUCUGAUAGGGUGUCAAAUGUUACAAUUCAACUGUUCGUAAUAUAUUUAUGCAGUGAAUUAAUAUAAAACAAGCUAGGAAAAAAUGGCUAUCGGGCUUUUAGCCUUAUAAUUGCUGUGGAAAGUCACAAUACCAAAAAUGCUAAUAAGCCACUCAAUAAAUGUCACUAUUUCAAUAAUUUUGAAUGAAUAUGUGUUUUUUUCCGUUUAAGUGGAAAUACAUUUGUGGUACUAACAAAUUACAACACAUAAAAAUACAUGCACCAUGGAGAAUGUAACAUCUAAGUAUUUUAGUAAAAAACAGCAAUGUCUUCGUCGUGUUCCCCUUGGUCUGUGCUUUAUAUCAAUUUACAUUAAACUAGGACGGGCGUAUUUGGAUGAUCAAAAGCCAGGACACGCCGACCAGCAAUGAGAUACUCAAAUGAUACUCUAAGUUGAAUUAAAGAUGCUUUAUAAUUUCAAUACAUUUAAAGUAUGUCUCCUCUGUAUGGACAGAAAAUGGGUAAAAUAUUAACAAUGAAUUAUUCAAUAUUUAAUCAUAAUUUACUUCAUUUAAUUUGUUAAUUUAAUAAUAAAAUAUGAAUGUCUACAACCAAUGACACAAAUUCACAUAAGCUUCUCAGAGGUUACUAAACGUGUUUUGGUAUGCCUAAAAGAAAGUCUCUUUCAUAAGUUGCAAAAAUAUAUAAAGUCUCUGGAAUUAAAUAAUGAUGGAGAUAAUGUCUCUUCUGUAAUAGAAAAUUCCACCUGUAAGAAAAUAAUAGCUCUCUUUUCAAGUCAUAAUGGAAAAAUAACUAAAAAAUAUGGAAUUAUAUUAGCUAAUACUGUAUAAUGGCCCAAUGGAAACCAGGACAUUUUAAUUACUUUCUAAAAAAACAAAAAAAACAGGACGUUACUGUAAACACCAAUGGCUCUGGCUACAUGUACUCCACAGUUUGUAGUCAUACUGCUGCUUUUGCAGUCACUGUGACACUGAUGAGCACAGAGGCUGGCCCAGUAGAUAUCGUCACCUUACUGUGUGCCCUUAUGUCAUCUACGCUUUCAAGUCAGUGGUCUGAUUGGCCCGGACAAGCCAUGCAGUCACGGUGAAGUCACGAAAGUGGACAAAACGGAAAGGAAUCAACCAUUUCACGCUAAUGUUCAUCAAAGUGGUGACAAGUUCGGACUUAGCUGGGAAACAUUCUCACACUCGUGAAACUAAAGUGAAACUAAGGACAUCCAAUAGAAGAGGUAGACAGUGGGGAAAAUAAAUAGUUGAUGGCCUGGUAUGAUGGUACUGUACGUGCUAUUUGAAUCACUGAUAACAUGAAGUCCUCACCUAGAAUCUUGCUGAUGUUGGAGUUGUGCAUGUCAGGGAAGGUCUGCAGGAUUUUCCUCCGCUCGUCUUUGGCCCACACCAUGAAGGCGUUCAUGGGCCUCUUGAUGUGCGGCUCGCUGUUGUUCCUGCCUCGCGCCUCCCGGAACACUCGCGCCUCCGUGAUGUUGCUUCCUGCGGGAACACCAAGGGGCUUCAGUCAUUCAGUCUAACUUAUUGUUAUUACAGGACCAACGCACAAGCAUCAUAUACUGUAUAAACAUGCAACAACAUCAAUCCAAGUGGUCGAGGCAGACGUCCGUCUCACGCCGACUCUUGCUUGUGUUUGAGGUUUCUUCGUCUUUCCUUCAUUCAAGUCCCUAACUUGAACUAGCGCUGUUUAAUAGUAAUAAAAAAAUGAAAUAAAAACGAAUGGUAUGGAAAUGAUGGUCAGCCACAGAAUGAGGUGAUUCUUUUCUGUCUUGAUUUGAAGAAACUUUGUGUUCUUUAAGCUGAGAAUGUAACUUUGCUGGAUGAAUGAAAACAAAAUGCUGCAGAGGCUCAAAUGUUGACAUUGAAAUGUUCUGUUUGUCCAUGGAGGCUCUCCUUCCUCAGCUUGACAAUAAAUAUUUGUACUUGCUGAAUACCUCCAUCGAUGUGCAGCAAACUCUUCGAUCCUUGGAUUGAAGUUAGUCUCUGUUUACUCCCUGUAGUGUUCUAGUACAUCUGCAUCUACAUUAGCAACGUCGCCCUAAGUGUGAUUUAGCAGAAGAAGAAGUUGAGUGGUCACUCACCAUCCAGAUCCUCUGGUCUGGUGAGGUCAAUGACUCGAUGGACCAUUUUCCCAGCAUCCUCACCCAGCUUG